GGGACAAUUAGGAGGCCUGCGUCUUGUGACCGUAGCGUACGUAUAGGUAUGUACGGCAGGACCAAAUCAGAGAGAUAGGUAGGAGCAAGCCCAUGUAAUGCUUUGUAGGUUAGCAGUAAAACCUUGAAAUCAGCCCUUGCUUUGACAGGAAGCCAGUGUAGAGAGGCUAGCACUGGAGUAAUAUGAUCAAAUUUUUUGGUUCUAGUCAGGAUUCUAGCAGCCGUAUUUAGCACUAACUGAAGUUUAUUUAGUGCUUUAUCCGGGUAGCCGGAAAAUAGAGCAUUGCAGUAGUCUAACCUAGAAGUGACAAAAGCAUGGAUUAAUUUUUCUGCAUCAUUUUUGGACAGAAAGUUUCUGAUUUUUGCAAUGUUACGUAGAUGGAAAAAAGCUGUCCUCGAAAUGGUCUUGAUAUGUUCUUCAAAAGAGAGAUCAGGGUCCAGAGUAACGCCGAGGUCCUUCACAGUUUUAUUUGAGACGACUGUACAACCAUUAAGAUUAAUUGUCAGAUUCAACAGAAGAUCUCUUUGUUUCUUGGGACCUAGAACAAGCAUCUCUGUUUUGUCCGAGUUUAAUAGUAGAAAGUUUGCAGCCAUCCACUUCCUUAUGUCUGAAACACAUGCUUCUAGCGAGGGCAUCACAAUGGUCAAUCCCUGCACUCCUUGUUAGCAUAGCCUUGGUCAUACAGGUGUCUUGUUAAUUGAAAGUAAAUACCUAUAGGAAGAAGAGAAAUGUGAGAUGGUCAAGCAUCGCUAAUACUAGGCAGGCAGCAGGUAGCCUGCAGGUAGCUGCAUCACUAGGCAGGUAGCCUAGUGGUUAGAGCGUUGGGCCAGUAACUGAAAGGAUGCUGGAUCGAAACCCUGAGCUGACAAUUUAAAAAUAUGUUGUUCUUCCCCUGAACAAGGCAGUUAACCCACUGUUCCUAGGCCGUCAUUGCAAAUAAGAAUUUGUUCUUAACUGACUUGCCUAGUUAAAUAAAGGUAAAAUACAAAAAUAAUGGGGUACUUUAGCUGUAUUGUAGUUCAUUCAUAUCCACAGGAAAUCUCCAUUGCUUGAAUUACAAAUGUAUAUCUAAUAAACUUGAUGUGUCUGAGUUGCAUACAAAUUACUUAAACAUUUAUAGAGUGUGGGCAUAGAAAAUCAUUCUCCAGUGAAACUAAACUACCUUGAUGAUUCAUAGUUUAUUUGGAAAGUUGUUGUAAAAAGUCAAGAACUUCAAUACUGCAUGUCAAGUUAUUAUGCCGGGUGGACUCUGUCCAAAGUCAACGCACAACCUCCUCCAAAGCUGUCAUCACCAUGACUAUCACCAUGGUCGCCAUCAGUUGUCUCCAAACAAAACAAAUACUUCAUAGCCUAAAUCACAUUCCACUGGAUAUUGGGACAGCAUUGGCCUCAGGAACCCUCAGUUAUUUCCCAAGGAUGAACAUUUUAGUCAUGUUUUGUUAAUCUAAUGUUUUCCAGGUCUACUAUUAGCGAUAUAUUGCCAUUGUGUUAUUCACAUCUCUCUCUAUCUCUCUCAAUGGCAGCAAAGUGCUUUGAGGGUGUUAACUUGAUGCAGCCUGUACGCAAUGUUUUGAGAAUGAUAGAAAAUAACUGGUCUUAAAACUACUAGGGAAAUUCUGAUAUGAAAUAAAACAACUGCAUAUUACAAAUAAAAUGUAUGAUUAUUAUUAUAUAUGCAAGUGGACUUGAAUGUUUUUUCAAUCAUUAUUGUUGCUCUUCUUAUUUCAUCAAUGCAGGCACUAAUGUCAAUAAGUUUAGCCUAUUUUUUUUAUUUUUUUUAUUUUUUUUUAUAGCCCCUUUACUAUUUUUUACUUCACAAUGUAUUUGCAGGUAAUACAAAGAUAAUAUCUGGCACAAUUUAAAUGUCAUUCCAGUCAUAAAUUAUAUUUUCUUUUCCAACAUAUCCCAUGAUGAAUUGCUAUGACCUUCUUAUAGUUUUAUACCUAGCGAGCAUUAGUUUCAUGUAAUGCAUUGUUUCAAAAAUGAAGAAAUGGAGGCAGCCUUAUCAAUCUUUUAACAUGUUUUACAUGAAAAUGUAAAUCUUGAGUGCUGUUUGGUUACAUUUUGUGUGUAGCAAUAAACCUUGUUGGCCAGCUUCGCAUUCAAUGAUACCACCUGCAAGCUUUCCUAGUUACAAAGAAUACAAAAGUAUCCCCAAAAUCCACGAACAUAAAGAGAUUAUCUCUUUAUGUUCCUAGCCCAAAGUGUCCCAGCGACUCUCCAAUGUUUCCAUUUCUGUAACCAUUGACAACAGGUUACUAUAUCGUGAGAGCCAAUCAAAACUAGGAAUCAACUUUUAUUAUCCAAUGAAAUAGAGUUGUACUAUGAUUGACGGGUGUUUAAACCAAUAGUAUUCAUAAUCUUCCGUUGCCACUGAUUAUAAAUCAGUCCUCCGAUUUUGAAUUGCGUGUACUUCUUUCUUGUUUCAGAGUGUAUCCGACAGCGGCAGUUAUACUUCACCUGUUAAAAAAAAAAAAAAAACGCUCAAAAUGAGGGAAAUUGUGCAUUUGCAGGCUGGUCAGUGCGGUAACCAAAUUGGAGCAAAGUUCUGGGAAGUGAUUAGUGACGAACAUGGCAUCGACCCCACUGGCACAUAUCAUGGGGACAGUGACCUUCAGCUGGAGAGAAUUAAUGUGUAUUACAAUGAAGCCACGGGAGGCAAGUAUGUCCCCCGUGCGGUGUUAGUGGACUUGGAGCCUGGUACAAUGGACUCUGUGAGGUCGGGUCCCUUUGGACAGAUCUUCCGACCAGACAACUUCGUCUUCGGCCAAAGUGGCGCUGGAAACAACUGGGCCAAGGGCCACUACACAGAGGGAGCAGAGCUGGUGGACUCUGUUUUGGAUGUGGUGAGGAAAGAGGCAGAGAGCUGUGACUGUCUACAGGGUUUCCAGCUCACCCACUCCCUGGGUGGGGGCACAGGCUCGGGCAUGGGCACCCUGCUCAUCAGCAAAAUCCGCGAGGAGUACCCCGAUCGUAUUAUGAACACGUUCAGUGUAGUGCCCUCGCCCAAAGUAUCAGACACUGUGGUGGAGCCCUACAAUGCCACCCUGUCAGUCCACCAGCUAGUAGAGAACACCGACGAGACCUACUGUAUUGACAACGAGGCUCUGUAUGACAUCUGCUUCCGUACCCUUAAACUUACCACGCCCACCUAUGGCGACCUCAACCACCUGGUGUCAGCCACCAUGAGCGGGGUCACCACUUGCUUGCGCUUCCCUGGCCAGCUCAACGCUGACCUCCGUAAACUGGCUGUCAACAUGGUGCCCUUCCCCCGUCUCCACUUCUUCAUGCCGGGCUUCGCCCCCCUGACCAGCAGGGGGAGCCAGCAGUACAGGGCCCUCACUGUGCCCGAGCUCACCCAGCAGAUGUUCGAUGCCAAGAACAUGAUGGCAGCUUGCGACCCACGUCACGGCCGUUACCUCACCGUAGCUGCAGUGUUCAGGGGCCGCAUGUCCAUGAAGGAGGUGGAUGAGCAGAUGCUGAACGUCCAGAACAAGAACAGCAGCUACUUUGUCGAAUGGAUCCCCAACAACGUCAAGACCGCUGUCUGCGACAUUCCUCCCCGCGGCCUCAAGAUGGCCGCCACCUUCAUCGGCAACAGCACGGCCAUCCAGGAGCUGUUUAAGCGCAUCUCCGAGCAGUUCACCGCCAUGUUCCGUCGUAAGGCCUUUCUCCAUUGGUACACCGGGGAGGGUAUGGACGAGAUGGAGUUCACUGAGGCUGAGAGCAACAUGAAUGACCUGGUGUCUGAGUACCAGCAGUACCAGGACGCCACCGCUGAGGAGGAGGGAGAGUUUGAGGAGGAAGGAGAGGAGGAGCUGGCGUAAAGAUGUGUCAUGUGUACUUACUUCACAUGCCUUACUGACAUUUUUCGGUGUCCUGUUUGUCUUGUCUGUCCCUUUUCACUGUGGCCUUCUCAAGCUGUCAAAUUCCAACUUUUGAACCAAAUCUCUAUUAAAGGCAUAACUUUGAUAGCA